AUAAAAAAAAAAAUGCAAAAAGUCACUGUGGGACACGGCCAGACUUGUGAAAUGACGUCUUUUCAAUUUUGAGGUUGGUUACCUUUCCCCGACUCGUUCGCAGUGCUAAAUCUUCAACCAGUCAUCCUUAUAACCCUUGGGCAAUGUCGAAUACACUUCGUCCUUAUCUUACAGCUGUUCGCUCCACUCUGACCGCUGCGAUGUGCGUCGAGAACUUCUCGUCACAGGUGGUUGAGCGACACAACAAGCCAGAAAUUGAAGCAGGCACGUCAAAAGAGGUUAUCAUGAACCCGCUAAUGAUCUCUCGCAACGAAAAUGAGCAGGUUCUCAUCGAGACAUCUGUGAAUUCCGUUCGCAUCAGCAUCAAAAUCAAGCAAGCAGAUGACUUGGAGACUAUUCUUUGCCACAAAUUCUCACGAUUUAUGAUGAUGCGAGCUGAUAACUUUGUUAUCCUUCGCCGAAAGCCCGUCGAUGGCUACGAUAUCUCUUUCUUGAUCACAAACACCCACACUGAACAAAUGUACAAGCACAAGCUGGUUGAUUUCAUCGUUCACUUCAUGGAGGCUGUAGACAGAGAGAUUUCGGAAAUGAAACUCAGUGUGAAUAAGAGAGCCAGAACUGUCGCAGAAAGCUAUUUAGGACAGUUUAUGUAAAUCAAGGAUACCUUUGGUAGACAAAAAGGCGCGAAAUGUGGUUCCUGUUAUAAUAUUUCUUUUUUUUUAUCUC